AUAGUUAAUUUCCAUUAAUCAUUAAUAAGUGUUUUUAUUUGAAAUAGUAAUUUAGUAUUGAGACUAUUGAGUAUUGUGGUUCCAGCCGUCAAUAAUUAUUUCUUCUGAAAUCCUAUGUCCGAUAGAGUAUAAUGUUAAAUACUUUUUAGUGGAUCAAUUUUUCUAAAAGAUACAUUCACUGCCGCUCACGAUAAAGUGAUGGCCGAACUUCCGGAUUGGUUUAAAUCCAUACCUUAUUUCACCAAACGAUGGCUUUCCCUAACUGCUAUCUUAACAGUGGCAGGACGGUUUGGUGUUCUGAAUCCUUUUAACUAUAUGCUAUUUUAUGAACCAUUUAUCAAAAAAUUUGAGAUUUGGAGAGCAGCCACUGCUUUGUUAAUGUAUCCAUUAUCUCCUGGAAAUGGAUUUCAUUUCUUAGUCAAUUGUUAUUUUCUAUAUAGUUAUUCAGUAAGAUUGGAAACAGAUUCAUUUGGUGGAAGACCUGCUGAUUACUUUUUCUUACUUAUAUUUAAUUGGAUAUGUUGUGUCAUUAUUGGACUCCUGGCAAAUAUACCGGUUCUUAUGGAUCCUAUGGUAUUAAGUAUAUUAUAUGUGUGGUGCCAACUAAACAAAGAUGUAAUUGUUAGUUUUUGGUUUGGAACUCGUUUCAAAGCUAUGUAUUUACCAUGGGUAUUAUUUGGGUUCAACUUGAUCAUUUCUGGAGGAGGACUUCAGGAAUUAGUUGGAAUUAUUGUGGGCCAUAUAUAUUUUUUCCUUAUGUUCAAGUAUCCACAAGAAAUGGGUGGACCACAGCUUAUACAAACACCUCAGAUAUUUUACAAGUUUUUUCCUAACCAAAGGACAGGCCAUAGUUUUGGUCAACCUCCAAUUAGAGCAACACCAACUGCAGCCCCAGCAGCAGGAAACCAGCAACAAGGUGAGGGUGGAUUCAACUUUCGUCGUCACGAUUGGGGCAGAGGUUAUGUUCUUGGGCAACAACAAUAAACUAAGUCUGAUUAAUAAUAUUUUGUACUUUAAAUAUUUAUAUUAUUCAUUACAAAUAUUUAAGUAAAGGAA